AUGGAGUUGGCAGCACUCGGCCGGCCUUUUGGCCUGGGGAUGCUGUACGACUGCCGCAGCGAUGAACUUGUCCCUGGAAUCACAUUGUGGGAUCGUGAUGCCCUGAUGGAAGACAGAGGAGACAGGCCUCAGAUAUACAGUGAUUUUGAAAUGGUUUCAUCUGAAUCAAUUCAGGAGAAAUCCUCAGCUCUAAACGUUAGUGCGUCACUAAAGGCCAGUUUCCUGGGUGGACUUAUUGAGGUUAGUGGAUCUGCCAAAUAUCUGAAAGAUACUAAAUCUUCCAGAAAUCAGGCCAGAGUAACACUGAAGUACAAGGCAACCACAAAGAUCCAGGAGCUGUCCAUGAAUCAUCUUGGAAGAGGAAACGUGAAGCAUCCAUAUGUUUUUGAUCAAGGCUUAGCAACACAUGUAGUCACAGCUAUUCUUUAUGGAGCACAAGCUUUCUUUGUGUUUGACCGUGAAGUUUCUGAACACGAAGAUCAUCAAGAAAUACAGGGCAGCUUGAAGAUGAUGAUCAAUAAGAUUCCCUUAAUUUCUAUAGAAGGUGAAGGCUCUCUGUCACUGACUCAAGAGGACAAACAAAAAGCUGAUAAAUUAUCUUGUAAAUUUUAUGGAGACUUUCGCCUCCCAAAAACUCCAACAAACUUUCAAGAUGCCAUACAGGCCUGCCAAGGUCUGUCAGGAUUACUGGGACCCAAUGGAGAAAAUACUGUACCGGUGAAGGUCUGGCUGCUGCCACUGACAGUUUUAGAUUCUUCUGCUGCUAAACUCGUCCGUCAGAUCAGUACAGGAUUAGUUCAAGAAGCACAGAGUGCACUGGAGGACUUCAGUGAGCUGGAAAUGAGGUACAAUGAUGUACUGGGAACCAGCACUGCAAAGGAGUUCCCACAGAUUGAUAAAAAGCUUAAAAGUUUUAAAGAAAUGUGCUCUGAGUUCAAGCUGGAUUUCCAAAAAUCUUUGGCCAAGAAACUUCCAUCAAUCCGAGGAGGAGGAGAAGAGGAAGCUGAGCUUGCAGAGAUCCUGAAGAAGAGACAUUCUUCACCUUUCAGCAGCAAAAACCUGAACGAGUGGAUGGACUGUAAAGAGAGAGAAGUUGACACUUUAAUGUCUUUUACCAGCAGGAUGAAAAACACCAAAAUCACCUCGUCUCAAAAUGAUCUGUACAAGGAAAGUCUGAGUGCAGAGCAUGUUGUGUGUUUUGUUUUCACCUCUCUGGGAAAGGAUGAACCGUACCUCUCAGCUUUAUCAAGAUACUUAAAAGGAAAAACCAACCCAGACCUUCAAGAUCCUCACACUCAUGAUGUAGAGAAGGAACAAUGGUACGCCUCAAAAGAAGUAACGGCUGAAAUGAGGAGGAAAGCAAAACUCUUCAGUGAUUUUGCAGAGGCCAACGAGGAGAACAAGAACAUGAAGUUCCUGACAGUGGGGUUAACUAAUGAGACCCAGGAAGGUUCCAGCAUCUACCUUUAUGAAGGUGGAUUUGCUGUCAGUGAGAACUUUGAGCCUCCUUCAAAGCCUGAAACUGUGACUGUAGCUGACAUAAACCACAACAGUGUGACACUGAAGAUUUCUCCACCCAGAUUUGGAGCAGAGAACAUCACCUCCUACUCUGUUGAGUACUGUGUCAGUGGAGAGGAUGGAUGGCAGCAGAAGACAGAAGCAAAGGCUGAAGAAGUCACAGUGAGAGAUCUGAAGCCAAACACAGAGUAUGUGUUCAGAUGCAGAGCAGUGACCUCAGCAGGUGUCGGGCCGGAUAAUCAAGUUUCUAUUAAAACUUUACCCUGCAGCCCUCCUGGAAAACCUCGACUUGAACCAAAUUUAACUGAGAUAUCAGUGAGCUGGGAGAAACCUGCUGAGCUCGGAGAGGAUGUGCAGAUAUUGAGCUACAUUGUGGAGUAUUCAAAAACAGAUGAUAAUGAGGAAGCUCUGCAGUGGAACCAAAAAGAGUCAGCAGGUGAAAAGGUGAUCCUGUCAGGUCUUCAGACAGAUACAGAAUAUGCAGUCAGGGUCAGAUGUGAUUGUGGUUCAGCUGGAAGAAGCAAAGAAAGCAUCACUGUUAAAGUCUGCACAACAUUUAAACGCCUCGCAGAACUUCUCAAAGAUAAAAAGGAAACGAUCAAAUCUGAUUCCUCCUCAGUUUACAAACUGUCUCUGACAGAAGAACACAUGAACAUAGAUGGAUGCAGGAAGUUUAACUUUGGAGAAGAAAGCACGAGGCAGAGUCGUACAAUAAUGCUUUUUGGAGCGACUGGAUCAGGAAAGUCCACUCUGAUCGAUGGGAUGAUCAACUACAUUGUUGGUGUCGAGUGGGAGGACAGUUUCAGGUUUAAAUUCAUUAAUGAGGAUCAGUCAACAUCACGAGCUCACAGUCAGACCUCUGAAGUCACUGUUUACAAAAUCAACCACCAGGAUGGAUUUCAAAUCCCGUUCUCUCUGACCAUUAUUGACACUCCAGGCUUUGGAGGUACAAGAAGCAUAGAAAGAGACAGAGAGAUCACAGAGCAGAUACGUAAUCUCUUCUCUGCUCAGCACGGUGUCACUGAAAUCAAUGCUGUGUGUUUUGUAGCUCAGGCUGCUCAAGUGAGAUCCACAACACAGAAAUAUGUGUUUGAUUCAGUGCUCUCAAUCUUUGGCAAAGAUGUGGCAGAAAACAUCAGGAUCCUGGUGACAUUUGCAGACGGUCAGCGACCUCCAGUUCUAGAUGCAGUGAGCGCUUCAGGUGUCCCAUUACCUACAGCUGAUGAUGGGCUGCCUGUUCACUUCACAUUUAAUAAUUCAGCCUUGUUUGCACACAACAGAUCAUCUCAGAAUGACGACACUGUUUACGAAGAUGAAGAAGAGGACAACUUUGGUCAGAUGUUUUGGGAAAUGAGCACAAACAACAUGAAGAGUUUUUUUGAUUCUGUAGAAGUCACACAAGCAAAAAGCUUGAAACAGACCAACGAGGUCCUCAAUCAAAGAAGCCAGCAUGAAAUAGUAGGACAAGCUUGGUGGAAAUUAAGCAGACUGCGGUCAGUCGGGCUUCGGGAGCUAAAAGAGACGACUAAGAAACUAAGAGAGUUUGAGGCGCAGAUCAACAAAAAUGAGAACGCCGAGUUUGAAGUUACAGUCAUGAACCCUAAGCAGGAGGAUGCUGGUAAUUUCAGUACCAACUGUAAGAAGUGUGAGUUUACAUGUCAUUAUCCCUGUCCUGUGAAAAAGGAUGCAGCUGAAAAUUGCUGUGCUGCAAUGGAUUCAAAUGGAUGCUGCACUGUGUGCCCAAGCAAAUGUUCGUGGGAAGAGCAUGUCAACGAGAAGAAAAAAUGGGAGUAUAGAGAGGAUACACGGAAACAAUCAGUCAGAGAGCUGAAAGAAAGCAUCGGUGUCACCGAUGAUAAGAUGACUGCUGAGGCUCUGGUUAAAAAACUGGAAAGUGUAUUUUCUGAUAAACUGCCUGAUGUGACGGAAUUGGCGAAAAUGUCGUGUAAGUGUGAGGACACGCUUAAACAGAUAGCACUGAAGCCAGAUCCUCUGUCCACCUCAGAAUACAUCGACAUGCUGAUCGAGGAAGAGAAAUCAGAGGCCAGCCCAGGCUGGGAGAAACGAGUGCGGCACCUGCAGGGGCUGGGAGCUAAAAUACCACAAACAUGUGCAAUACUGUGA